AACGAAUGCAUGCGACAGUCAGAGGUUUACCUGCAGUGCGACCACAUGUGCAUCAACACUGUCGGCACCUACCGUUGUGAGUGCAACUCGGGCUACACACUUGACGCUGACGGACACGGCUGUACUGAUAUUGAUGAGUGUUCCAUGUCCCGCACCCAAGACUGUCACCAUAAGUGCGUGAACACGCCCGGCAGCUAUAGGUGUGAAUGCUAUGACGGGCACGACCUUCAACCAGACGGAAAAGAAUGCAGUGGUAAGGCAUAAUCGGCUCCGCAGCCUUGGAGUAGGCCUUAGUCUUGCACCACUCUGUUGAUAAAAACAAGUAAAAAGAUGACCGAUCUGACUCAAGUGUGUAGACAGAAAGAAAGAUUAGGAAAAAAACGAAAUAAAAACAAAAAGAGGUUUGGUUUUAUUUUACACCUUCCAUUCCCCUGGCUAGCCCAAAUUACGAUGAAAAUUAAUCAGAUGAAACAUCAAACUACACUCUAACGAAACUGAUUAUUAGAAAUAAUUAAAAGGUUACUAUAAUAGUUAUAAUUUAACAUUGCCAACGUAAUAAGAUAUUAAAAUGGACAAACAAUCCAAAUUCCCGAACGG